AAAGAGUGGGGAGGAACUCAAAGUUCAGGGGAUUGAUGCUCCAGGAGCUGGGGGAAGGGGUUUUGUGUGACCCCUUGGCAGUAUUUAGGUUGAGCUUGAGGGCCAAAAGGCACAUGGGAGGUUUUUUCUUGUGUUCUGUGGGUUCUUUUGUUUUAACCUGGUGCAGUAGGGUGGCAGCAUGGGCAGCAGCCUCUGCUGUGUGCUCUGUGAGAGGUGCAGGGAGCAGCAGGCAGCAAACCCGGAGCCCAGCGAGACCAAGCCCAUCCUGCAGAGCCCCAGGAACACAUGGACGUUCCUGGACACACAGCCCCCCACCCCAGCCCUGAAGGUGCCCAAGAAGGGCUCCAAGGAGCUGCUGCAGGAGCAGCAGGCCUCAGCUGAUGCUCUGGAGGAGAAUGGAGAUGCCUGCUGUGCUGCAGAAGGGUGGGAGCCAGCCUGGAAUCCCAUGGACUUCUUUGCGGCCCCUGCUGAUGAGGAGGAUGAGGGAGAAGUUGAAGGUUUGAGCCAGCAGGAGGAAGUGGGCAAGGCAGAAGAGGAGAUGAAGGCUGCUGCUGGUGCUGCUGUGGGAGCUCUGGGGGCUGAGGAGGAGCAGGCUGGCACUGAGGGAGCCCCCUGUGCUGGGCUAACCCUGCAGGAAGGAAAUAUCCCCAGCCUCAUGGAGCUCUCCAGUGAGGCUGAAGCUGGGCCAGAACCUCCUGCAGACACCCUGGGGGCUCUGGUGCACAUGGGCCUGUCCCUGUGUGCUGUGCAGGUGACAGGGCCUGAGCCCAUGGAGGGCACACACAGGGCUGGAGCUGCUGGGCCAAGCCCUCGGGCUGCCCAGAGGGCUGAGCUCAGCUACCUGGUGGAGGCCAUGUCCCUGCUGACCCUGCAGAGCCCCUCAGAGGCCAUUGCAAAGGGGGUGGCUGAGCUCUACUGCUCUUCCGCUGAGUCCUGGCAGCCCCUGUGCCUGCAGUGGGGGUCUCUGGAGGCACCAGGCCAGCCACUGGAGCUCCUGAAGGAGGACAUGCAGGGCACUGUGCCACCGGGGAGCUGUGCAGGGCUCACAGGGCUGGGUGAGAUCUUGCAGCAGGCCCAGGAUGAUGGAGCCCAGUGUGAGCUGGGGCAGGAGGGCAUGCAGGGCCCUGUGCCACCUGCCCAGCCCGUGGGGAGCUGUGCAGGGCUGGGUGAGAUCUUGCAGCAGGCCCAGGAUGAUGGAGCCCAGUGUGAGCUGGGGCAGGAGGGCAUGCAGGGCCCUGUGCCACCUGCCCAGCCCGUGGGGAGCUCUGCAGGGCUCACAGGGCUGGGUGAGAUCUUGCAGCAGCCCCAGGAUGGAGCCCUGUGUGAGCUGGGGCAGCAGGGGAACAGUGGCUGCACCCCAGGAGCCAAGGCAGAGCUGCAGGAUGGGAUCGUGCAGCUUCCAGAAGAACCAGCAGCUUCUGCUCCUGUACAGCAAGAAGCUGAGCUCCCACUCGUGCCCCCCUCACUGCCUCGAGUGCUUGGGAGCAGUGGGGAAAUGGAGGCUGAAAAAGUUGAAGCUUGAGAUGUUUGGUCCUCAGGGGUCACAUCUGGGCAGGGACAAGGAUGAGGCUCCUGCCCUCAGGAAGGGUUAACCCCUUACAGCCCCAGCUGUUGGACUCAGGAUUUUGCAGAAUAUGUCCCAGACUUCAGAAACUCUUGCAAGGCAGAUCUGUGAAUUUUUACAGAGCUUUCCAGAUGUUCUCCUGAGUUAUUGUUCAGUCACAGAUCUGUUCCUUGCUUUUCCCAGGAGCUGUUUUUCAGAUUGUGCCUUGGUGAUUGACUCAAACCAGGAUCUCACUGAGCUGAUGCUGCUGCUGCAUUCCCCCAGUGAGGUUUGGUGAUGGGUUGGUCUGAAGAGUCUGGGAACAGAAUAGGAAACUGCUCCUCUAAUUGUGUGCAGUCAGAUGUUUUCUGUGAGGCCAACAGCCACUUCUGCUACCUCAGAAUAAUGAAAUAUUGAACUACCUCCCUGAAUAAUUCUCUUGUAUUGAUGCUUCCUGCUUUCUUGUGAAUGUUGAACAAAAUAUUUUCACAGGAAGAUGAUUAAAUCCUAAUUGUGGCUUGUUCUUUGUAUCUCUUGUAGUAGUAGAAGUGUUUGUGUAACCUGUGUAAUUUAUGCAAAGUUAAAAUGUAGUCUUGAUCAGAAUGCAGAAGUCAGUGUAUGCAGCUGAAAUCUACUGACUUUUAAUGUUCCUCCCACUGUGCUACCAAUAAAAUACACUUUUAAAGAUCAUGGCAAAA